AUGAACGAAAAGCACAAAGGUGGCGAUGCUCCCUUUGAGGAGGACUAUGACGAAACGCUACACGAGAUCUUGGAUGAAGAAAGUGCCCGCUCGGAUGGCAGCUUCGACCACAGCAAAGCUGAUUGGGACCAGCUGAUAAAGGCAACGCAUGGCUCCAGAAUAUCAUCAUCCCCUUGGGCAGCCUCUGUUCUUGUGUCUAUCCUCACGACCGCGUUCUGGGGUGGCUUGUUUCUGAUAUGGCAGUCCGGCCUACUGACUGGAACGAGAGCAGGAGGCAGUGCUGGCCUCAACCCGCUCACGGUGUCCGUGGAGCCCUACGACAUGAGCGACAAGCACAACAUCUUCUCAAACACGCAGUUCAUUGGCUGCGGUACAUCAACAGAGGAAGCGCGGAGCCGGGGAUGCGUGUAUGACAUCCUGGCCAACCACUACGUGCACAAGUCCUGCUUCGACGAGACCAGCACCAAGUCCUACAUGGACGAGGGCACCUCGUGGAUGGGAUAUCUGGAGAAGAAUAAGACGACACAGCUGACGACACUUGAGGAAAUGGGCGACUACGAUGUGUACUGGACCAGCCAGCGCGACCACAUUGUGCACUGUGGAGAGAUGUGGAAGCGACAGUACCGCGCCUUUACGCAGAACUGGCGGUACAUUGAUGCGAUCACCGCGAACGAGGAGCACACGUUCCACUGCGCGAAUUAUCUGGUGGCCAUGACCGACUGGGCUGUAAUUGCUGGCCGUGACUGGCGCCAGGAGCCAAACACGGUUGAGGUCGGCUUUGCCGGAUGCUACGAUCGUGCAGGCACAAAGAGUAGCAAAUAG